GAACCUUCCUUUUACCGAAUCCUAGUUCAAACCCAUUUGAAAUAAAUUCAAAUGAGUUUGAAUUUACAUCUUUCAAUCAUGACCUUUUCUAUUUUCUUGGAACAAGCAUAUUCUUGUGAGUCCGGGAAAAUAAUCCCAUGCCCAAACUCUUUAACCUUUUCUUCACUUCUUUUUCUUUCUUUGCAUUAAUUUUUUUCGCUAUAGAAAAUAAGGGAGAGACAGCCGACCAGGCCUCUGGCCUUUUCCUUCACCACCAAAUUGGCCUAAGGCCCAGCCGCCAGCCUCCCUAGGCGCAGCCCUUCCUCUCUACUGGGCCAGCCUCCAAGGCCCAGCCGACCCCCACAACCUCUAACCCUAGCUCGACCGAUCCUCUCGAUCGCUCCUUCCUCUCCCCUGCUCGAUCCCUCCUCCAGCGCCGCCACCUCAUUCCCCAUCUCCCUAUCUCCCUCUCGAUCUCUCGCGCCUCCCUCCGCAGCGCUAGGCCCCGACCGCGCCUCCUCCAGCCACCUUCCAUGGCGCCGUCACCCCGCAUCUGCCGUCCUCCGCGCCGAGCAGGAAGACCGCACCACUCGUCCCCUUCGUUCAGGUCGGAGCUCGCCAGAGCCCCAGCACCGGUCGCCUUGCCUCCUCGAGCACCCGCGCUCGCCGCACGUAAGACCACCACCAGCGACGCUCGCUCUUCGGUCCGCCGUCCCGCGCUGUCCCCGCCGCCAUCAUCCAUGCGCGCUUCGUCGGAGUCCGGCCGCCGGACCAGCUCAUCGGAGCUCUCAACGCCGGAGACCACCUCAUGGCCGCUGAACCCCUGCCUCGCCUUGGUUCUCACCGGAGACGCCGUCCAGCGACCGGAUCAACACCUCCCUCCGUGCCCUGCAUCCCGGAGCCAACCGCCUCAAUCCCUCGUCCGCGACUGCGCCAAGUCCAGCGAGGGGUCGCCGUGCCCAUUGACCGCAACGACCUCCCCUGCUCCAUUUGGUGGACCAUGAGGCGUGCCCCUCGCAGCGUGCCUCCAGCAAGGCCCAACCCCGUUGACCGCUGCACGCGCAGAUCCAGUGCACCCACCACGGCCUCCCCUCCUUGCGUGGGCUGCGCCCUUUUUCAUGGCCAAGACCGGGAUCCCGUGAAUGUCAAGUUCCUCCACGACGCCCGAACGACUACAUGACGACUCUGGACAUGGGAUUGCAAAAUGCCAAGUACAUGGAUACGCCAAGUUCCUUUCUGAAACGUGUACGAAUACGUCCGGCGAUGCGACAAGUACCUCUACGGAUGAUCCAGAACAUCUACGAAAAUAUGUACCACUAUCUUCGUCGUGUACCACUACUUCCCUUGAUGACUCGUGAACGACUACUUCCUCUA